AUGACUUCGUCUAAUGAAGUAAUCGAUACAUUGGAUCCCUCAUUAGUUGAGGUUUUUAAAACCAAACUAGGGCACAAAGAAUUAACUCCAGUUCAGAAAGCAACAAUUAAACAUAUGCUUUCUAACUAUGAUGUCAUUUGUCAAGCACCUACAGGAUCCGGAAAAACAUUAGCUUUUGCUUUACCAAUUUUUCAUUUGUUACGUAAACAAAUAAAAACAAAUCAGAUAGGUGAGGGUGUUGGUGCAAUUGUUUUGUUACCCACACGGGAAUUAGCCAUACAGGUAUCUAAUGUUUUAAAGCCAUUUUGUGAAGCCUUAAAUAUUCCAAUGUCCUUGUUGAUGAGGGAUAAAAAAUUGAAUGAAAAUAAUUUUACCAAGACAAGUAUUCUUAUUGCUACAGCAGGAAAAUUAAAACAUUUUCUUCAACAACAAAAAGAACCAAAACAAUUAUUUAAACAUGUUGAGAUUCUUAUUAUUGAUGAAGCUGAUAGAUUUGCUGAUUUAGAAUUUAAAGACAGUAUUUCGGCUCUUUUAGCUGCUCUUCCUAAACAACGUAGAACAAGUUUGUUUUCUGCUACACAAGCUAAAGAUAUGGAAGAAUUUUUAAAAUAUGGUUUACGUAAUCCAUUGCGUAUAACAAUAAAAGGAAAAGUAGAUAAUAUUAAACUUCCAAACAAGGAAAAUGAUGAAGAAGAUGCUCCAAAAAGCAGUGAAAAGAUUGUAGGAGCACCUAAAGAAUUAUCGAAUUACUACUUAACUGUUCCAGCUGAGAAAAAAAUAAUUACAUUGGUUAAAUUCCUUCAAAAAUUGAAAAAAUCGAAAGUUCUUAUUUUUAUGUCUAGUAGUCAAUGUGUUGAUUUUUAUUACAGUGUUUUGAGAGCUGAAAUUCCUGUACAAAGAGCUAUUUUUAAGUGUAAAGGUUUAUCAAAAACUUCAAAAGAUGGUACUAUAGCCAAAUUUGAAAGAAGUGGUCCUUCAAUACUUCUUACGACUGAUGUUUUAGCUAGAGGUAUUGAUAUUAAAGGAAUUGACUGGGUUAUUCAAUUUAAUAUUCCUAAAAAAAGUAGUUGGUUUAUUCAUCGUGCUGGAAGAACUGCUAGAAAUGGACGUAAAGGUAAUGCUAUCGUUUUUCUAACUCCAGAAGAAAUAAAUUAUGUAAAUUACAUUCAACUUCAUGAAAAACUUAAACUAGAUGAGUAUAAAAUGGAUGACAUUUCGGAUGAAGAAGUUGAAGAAUUUAGAAAUAAAUUAAUUGAGAAACAUUCACAUGAUAGAGAUGCAUUAGAACUUGUUACAAGAGCUUAUAUGUCGUUAGUAAAAGCUCUAGUAAGUCAUGAUUGUCAAAUUGUUUGUAAAGGAAAACAUAUGGAUCUCGUUGGAUAUGCUAAUUCAUAUGGUUUAUUAAGAUUACCUAAACUUCCUGAAUUAGCUAAAAGAGAUUUAUCUGGAUUUAGAAGGCCAAAUGUUAAAUGUUCUGAUGUUCCCUAUAAAGAUGAGAAAAAAGAACUUGAAAGACAAAAAGCUUUAGAAAAAAGAGCUGAAGAAACAGAAAAAAAGUAUGCUGAAAGAAAUGCUAAAGAUGCUCAAAAUGGUGGUACUAUGAAAAGGAAAAAGAUAAACAAAAAAGAGGAAGCAGAGAAAGAGCUUAGAAAAAAGAGAAAAAUUGCCAAUCAAGAAUGGAAUGAACUUGCUCAAUCACAAAAUAUCUUAAAGAAAUUAAAGAAAGGAAAAAUUUCAAAAGAACAAGCUGAUGAACUUUUAUAA